AUGUUUAUGCAGCUGGAAAGGCCUGUCGAAGAACAAAAAUGCGAAUUUGUUAAUGAGUUUGGGAGACUCUACUUGGUCGCUGGCGAAGAGAUGGUCUGGCAAACCUUCGGCAGGAACAUGACAGAGCUAAAGGACUUGAGCAAAGACGACAAUAUCACAAUGACCAAAGAAAUGUACAAUGAGCUGCUAAAAACUGUCAAAUCUGGUGCUGUCGACCAUGCUGACAUGAUUUCGGACGGGUGCACAAAUAAAUGGUCGUUUCUGAGCUCGUACUACUUUGUCGGCACAGUUGUCACAACUCUAGGAUAUGGAAAUGUGUAUCCAAGCACGAACCCAGGAAAGGUCUUCUGCAUCUGCUAUGCAAUGAUCGGAGUGCCGCUUUUUUAUUACAUCAUGAAGAGGACAUCGGAUUUCUUGCUCGAAAAGUUCAAAGAACUAGAACGCAAAGUCGCAAAAACAACUGCUCGUUUCGCUUCCGCCAUUGCCUUGCUUGUCUACGUCGUCGGCGGUUUCAUUUUUUGCUCGCUCAUUCCAGCCAGUAUUGAUGAAAUGCGUUUUUUUUCUUCACUAGCGGACUACAUUCGAUACAAGGAGCAACAUCGCCAGGACAGAGACGUCACCAACGAUCACGAGCAUAAUCAAAUUGGACAGAUAUAUUUCGAUUUCUACAGAGUAACGGGUAAAACAACCGAUUUAUCGAUACUUAUAAUUGACGUUGACAAGUGGCCAUCCCCGAGAAUCUUGGGCGGGGAUUGUCCAAAAAUUUAG